AUGAGAACAUUGACAGAAAUAACUUAUGCAUUCAUUAAUAAUAAUCUACAAGAUACAUCUAAAACGUCAACAGCAACAAAAUAUGAAUUAAUUCAAAAUGUAACCGACAAAAGUAUAUGUUAUUCUAUUAAACAAUCAUUAAGUAAACGACCAUCUAUGAAAAAAUUAAAUUCAACAACAGGUGUUGACCUUCCAUCUGUAUGUAAUUCAUCGAAUAACUAUAACUGUGACGGUAUUCCAUUCACACAUAAUCGAUCGUUGAAUAUUAAUAAUGAUGAUAAAAAGGCCCUUAGAAAUCAGUCACUUUCACGAAAUUCCCCAAUCUCACCAACAGCAUCACAAUCAUCAGUAGUAUCACUGUCUUCAUCAUCAUCAUCAUCGUCAUCUCGACAACUAUCACCUAUCACAACCCCGAGAGCUCCUUUAUUAGGUACGAAUCAUAAACGAAAUCUAACUACAAAAAGUAAAACAUGUAGAAAUCGCCUAGAAAUAGACAACAUACUCAAUCAAAACACACAUAACCAUUGUGAUCGCUGUGGAUUGAAAGAACAAUCAAAGUCUGGCGUAUGCACUUACCAUUGUACUAAUAUAACUCAUAAACUGCAUAGUUCACCGUUGUCUGAUUUAAAAAUGAAAGCCAAGCGUGUUUGGAAUGUAUUUGAACGUAAAAUCGGUAAUGAUAGUAAUAAAAAAAUAUGUCAAAGUAAAUCUGUUGGCAAUCUUCAAUAUACAUCGAAAUUAUUGAAUUCGUCUGAGAAUUCAAUUACUAAUCAUAAUGAAUCCGAUGUCAAAGGUUCAGGUUUAAUGCCAGCAAAACAUCAAGUACAAAAUCAAUACCCUUCUGCUACAGACCCUGUAUCGGAUAAAAGAAUCAGUCCAUCUUUUCCACAUUCGAAAUCAUUUGAAAUAUCAAAACAUCCUGAUUGUAACAAGAAACUAAACACAUCAUUAUGUAAUAAACAUUACUGUACAAAUGUCCAAAUGAAUACAGAUAACAAUGUUGAUGAAAAACAUGUAGAUAAAAUGUGUUCAAUGAGCACAAUGCCCUGUCAACCUAUUUCACAUUGUAUGAAUUCUUAUUUUCAUUCUGAAAAUUAUACCUAUUGUAUUUAUGAAAAUAUUACAGAAAAAUUAGCCAAUGGUUUCAUUUCUGAAUAUUAUAACAAUGAACAAUUUCAAGAAACUUGUCAUCGAAUUUGUUUAACAUCAAAUAAAUUAGAUCAGCUGUCAAAUAUGAAAUGUGCAGAAAAUUGUAUACUCAUUUUGCCUACUGGAUUACCAUUCACAGAAGUACGAGAAAUUAGUGUUACGCGUCCUGAAGUCGGAAAACGUUUUGGAGUGAGGAUUGAGAAAUGUGGCAAGGGUACAUACUUAACCACUGUUUUACCUGGUUCAGUAGCAUCACAGUCAGGUUUGAAAAUUGGUGAUGAAAUCCUCCAGUUGAAUGGUAUCGCCGUGCAACCGAUUUCUAUCAAUACUAUCAAUCAGUUAGUUCGUUCAGCCAAUCAGUUGAAAAUCACAUAUCGUCCAAGGACAAUGUUAGCUAAAAUCAGACUUAUUAUAGUCAAAAAGAUAGAUGGACGUGUUGGCAUACGACUGAAAAAAAUUGCUGAGGGUCUUUACGUGGAUGUUGUCCUUCCGAAUUCAGCUGCUUACGAGGCUGGAAUUAAAGAAGGUGAUGAGUUAAUCUGUGUAAAUAAUCAAAUAGUUACAAAUUGGACACAAGAAGCAGCUUCAAAACUAUUACGUGAAUUACCGGAUGAAGAUAUAUUAAUGUUAUAUUUUCGAGAGUUUUUCCAUCCUCAUGGAUUUAAGGAUGUUAUUCAUUUUACUAAACAAUUAAAAACUAUAUCAAUGAAAGAAAGUCUAUCUAUGCCUCAUUGUUCCACAAUGGAAAUGAAUUCAUCUUCCACUGAAUUCAAUUGUGAUGAGAAACCUAUUAUUGAUGAAUCAUUUUCUCUCAUAGAUAAUACAUUUAACGUAACUUCUUAUCCCAGUGUAAAGAAACAAUAUGUACCAUUAAAUUUUCAAGAUACGCUUGAGCAUAAUACUUAUGUAGAUUACAAUAAUAGUCCUAUACGUACGUCCAAUGUUUCCUUGUUAAACCAUAGUAGAAUAUCUUAUGAUGAUCCAGUCACUAAUACACUGUUCGAAAUGAUUCCACAACAAUCACAUAAACGUAUUUUAAAUAGUUUCAGUGAUUAUACACUUGAUUGUCCAAAAUGUUUCAUAAAUGAACAACAAAUUCAGUGACUAUGUACAAAGAUGCUUUAUUUGUCAGUUAAUAAGAUUAAAAAAAAAUGAUGUGUACAUUACGCUUCCAUAAUAUGUACGAAUUUAGUGCAAACUUUUGUGCUUUCAUGGGAGAAAAAAAUUAUCAAGCAAUCGAAUCCCACUUGUCUAUGUGUCAGUGAUGAUACAUAGACGUGUCUUCAUUUUGUAUUUGAUAAUGUCUUAUUAAAAAAAUCAUAGACACUAUUUGUGAUUGUAAUUUAAACAAGUUUUUCAAUCAUAUUUGAAUAUUAACUACCAGAUAAAUGUAGUUAAUAUGUUCGAAA